AUGACGAGCGACCUUGAUGAAGAUGUGGAGGUGGUCGACUACGAGUCUGACACUCCUUUUCCCGCAUGGGAUGACGAGUAUGGCGAGCUGCACCAGCGGCAUGAUACGAGCCCUGCUCGUGCCUUACGGACCCCAAGUCCGUUCCCUGAAUUCUCGUCAGCCGAGGAGCGUGGUGUAUUCACCAAUGACCUCGACGGGGCUCAGAGGCGGCAGCUCAAAGCUGCCCAUAAGACGGCUCUGAAGCGCGCCCAUUCACGGCCGGUCAUUGACCCUCGUGUGGAAUAUGGCUUCCACCCAACGGAUCCCGCUGUGGAAGCGAAGGAGGCAGUAAAUCGAUCGUUACGCGUCCACAUCAUCGGGCCCCCGGCCAGAAUGGAAGAUGAACUUGCCACACGGAAAGCUAUUCGAGGUCGUUUCUUGGUCCCACAAGAAAUUCCGCUGGACGUUUAUCGCACUCAUCUACGUGCUCAACGAGGUGGCUCUCGUGUACCUGCAAUGCGGACGAUACCUGUAGUGCUUGCCUCUGGCGAAAGCGCUACAAAUGACAAAGCGCCCUUUGAAGCGAUGGGUGCAACGGCACCGGAAGCUUUCCUCACUGUAUACCCUAUCGUUAAGCAUCAAGGAAGUGGACGUGCGUGA